CCGCCCCGCCCCGCCCCGGUCAGCUGGGUUCCGCGUCCAGCCGGCUGCCGAGCAUCCCGGGCGGCGCGAACGGCCCAGCCAUGUCCGCAGCCAUGAGGGAGAGGUUCGACCGGUUCCUGCACGAGAAGAACUGCGUGACCGACCUCCUGGCCAAGCUCGAGGCCAAGACCGGAGUGAACCGGAGCUUCAUCGCGCUCGGUGUCAUCGGACUGGUGGCCUUGUAUCUGGUGUUCGGUUAUGGAGCCUCUCUCCUCUGCAACCUGAUAGGUUUCGGAUACCCAGCCUACAUCUCAAUGAAAGCCAUCGAGAGUCCUAACAAAGACGAUGACACCCAGUGGCUGACUUACUGGGUGGUGUACGGCGUGUUCAGCAUUGCUGAAUUCUUCUCGGACCUCUUCCUGUCCUGGUUUCCCUUCUACUACAUGCUGAAGUGUGGCUUCCUGCUGUGGUGCAUGGCCCCGAGCCCGUCUAACGGGGCUGAGCUGCUCUACAGACGCAUCAUCCGGCCCAUCUUCCUGAAACAUGAGUCCCAGGUAGACAACGUGGUGAAGGACGUGAAAGACAAAGCCAAAGAGACCGCAGACGCCAUCACUAAAGAAGUCAAGAAAGCUACUGUGAACUUACUGGGUGAAGAGAAGAAGAGCACCUGAGCCCUGCUGGACGGUGCCCCACCCCCACUCGCACUCCCAUGUUACGUUAGGGACAGUGGCAGAGUCGGUGAAUAAUGUUGCCUUGGAAACUGAUGUAUUAAAAAUGGAAUGUGUUGUAAGCUGUUUUGCUUUUAUUGUCGUGUGUGUAGGGAGUGUUUUCAUUUAAAUCUAACACAGUGGGAAAUACCUAAAAAUUUUUAAAUAUUUUGCUGAGAAGGAAGACAUGUCACUAUACUCCAGGAAAUACAAACCGAGAUUGGAAAUCUAUGUCCAUAAGCCCCUUGCUCUGUGGGCCUUACCCUGCAUGCAUUUUCUUGUACUGACAACUAGGAAAUCAGUAUGAUUCUGCUUUAUGUGGUGUAUGAUUUUAUAUAGUUCUGUGUUUUUAGUGUAUUUGUGCAUAUAUACACAUAUAUACAGGGGAAUGUUAUUGUUUGGCUAGAACAUGCAUAGAGCUUGACCGGAAGAGGCCAGGAGAAGGUUGUGUACGCCACGUGUAACCUGUGAAAUAAGACCACCUGCUGAAGCUGAAGAUGCUGUUCUGAUGGUGUGAGCUUCCAAAGAACAUUUCAGAAAAUCAGUGCAAGCGAGUAAUACACAGAUGAACACAGUAAGAAAUGAUGCAGAAAGGAAGUUGGCUGUUCUGUGUUCUGAACAUCAGUGCUGAAUGCCAGGACAGUCUGUUGAGCAGGUAGCCACACUGGUGAUAAACAGGAAGAUACAUGCACACACCAGUGCUCAGCUCCAGUUCCCUGCAGAAACAGUAAUACCAUCUCACCUGCUUGAGAUUUGCCUGGUUUUGAGAUGCCUAAAUGUCAACCGUCCUGUUUUACCUUCAAAACUGGGUGACAAGUUGCCUCAGCCCCUCUCCUCCCCAUACUCUUCUAAAACCAGUUCACGGUACCUCCCAAGACAUGCCCACCUCCGCUUAUGGCUUUCUUCCUAGUGCAUUCUGCGGGAAACAUGUUUCUACGUAAUGGAAGUGCCCGUUCAUGGGAGACGUUCUGAACUGACUUCUGCCCGCCUGUUUUUCCCAAAUAAGGUAAUAGCAUGACUUAGCGUGUUAAGUGAAUUGAGCUUGUGUCUGGCUGGAAGCAAAGCAUUUAUUUGUACCUGAGUGGUAUUGCAAAGGCAUGUAAAGUUACAGAAUCCCUACUAAACUUUAAAUGUUCCAAAGAGUUCAUGCAGCAACUGUUUCCCUACUUCAGUCAUUCAGAUCAGCAGUACUGCUGUUUUGGGAAAAAGAGUCCUCUAUCCACACCUGCAGAAAUGGUCAUAGCCUUUAAGUAAAUAUUGCCUGUCCUCAAGAUGUGCUAUACCAGACAGAAAUGGUUGGGCUGCAGUCCCUUCGUCCAUGUCCCCAGACUCCCUUGGUUGCCUGAAACUGUACUUAACUAUGUGAACUGUUCUUUCCUGUGUGUGUACGUCUGUGACAAAGUUUAUUGAUUGAACAAAGUAAGAAUUAGAAUAAGAAGAAUUAUGACUAUACACUCUAAUAAAGAUUAUGUUUAUCUGGUCUCUCAAAGUA